AUGGGGGGAUCUAUGGGUCAGGAGGGCUCCAUGGGUGGAUCUAUGGGUCAGGAUGGAUCCAUGGGGGGAUCUAUGGGUCAGGAGGGCUCCAUGGGUGGAUCUAUGGGUCAGGAUGGAUCCAUGGGGCAAUCUGUGGGUCAGGAUGGAUCCAUGGGUGGAUCUAUGGGUCAGGAUGGAUCCAUGGGGCAAUCUGUGGGUCAGGAUGGAUCUCUGGGGCAAUCUGUGGGUCAGGAUGGAUCCAUGGGGCAAUCUGUGGGUCAGGAGGGAUCCAUGGGGCAAUCUGUGGGUCAGGAUGGAUCCAUGGGGCAAUCCGUGGGUCAGGAGGGAUCUAUGGGUGGAUCUGUGGGUCAGGAGGUAUCCAUGGGGCAAUCUGUGGGUCAGGAGGGAUCUCUGGGGCAAUCUGUGGGUCAGGAGGGAUCUAUGGGGCAGGGGGAGUCCCUGGAGGCGCGCGUGGGGCGCGUGCGGGCGCAGCUGCGGCAGGGCCGGGCGCUGGCGGCGCUGGGCUGGGGGGAGCUGCUGCGGGCGCUGCUGGUGCUCGGCCUCUGCGCCCACCCCCGGCUGCAGCGGGACCCCGAGGCGUUUGGGGGUCCCCCGUGGGUCACUGAUGUCACCCGUGGGUUUUUGGUGUCCCGCGUGGGCAGGGAGCCGUGGCGGGACGGGAACUGCGAGGCCGCGCUGCGCUGCGUGGCGCUGGCGGCGGCCGCGGGCCCCGAGCCGGCGAUGCAGCUGAAGCUGACGGCGCUGCUGAGCCCGCGGCUCUGCGAGAAAAUCUCGCUCCGAUUGGCCGAGCCGGAGGGGGCGGGGCUUAGCCCAGAAGAGGUGGCGGCCAUGUUGGAUGGACAGGCGCCGGCGCUGCCCUGGCUGAGCCCCGAGGAGAACGAGGCCCUGGGGCGGGGCCUGGGGCGGCUGCAGCGCGUGGCACAGGGGCGGGAUGAAAAAAACCCGGGCGAAAUGGGCUACGAGCGCUGCCUGCGGCUGCUGCUGGCCGAGCUGGCCCGGCCGGGCUCCCGCCUCGCGCUCAUGGUGGCCACGCACAACGAGGAGUCGGCCCUGGCCGCGCUGCGGGG